AUGAAAGGGCUCGAAGUCGCAAGAUUUAAUUGGGUCAUAUAUCCAUGUGCCCUUGUUCAGUGGUUCGACAAGGUCGGUGACUGUGUGGACGAGGAUACUGGCAUGUGGAUAGUCCAUCCAAGUGUUCAUGACAACGGCACCCCAAACUUCGCUGUCAUCCAUAUUGACACAGUUUACCGUGCAGCACACUUAAUCCCUGUCUAUGGUCCCGACUUCAUCACUGACAACAUUGAGUAUUUUCAUUCUUAUGAUGCUUUUCGCUCAUUCUAUGUUAAUAAAUUUGCUUAUCACCAUGCCUUCGAGAUCACAUCGUGA